AGUAACAAGUGACACCUACUACAAUCGUUUAUUAAAUAUAUUAUAUCAAUAAAGUGAUAUAGACAUAAUUAUCAACAAUAAAUAAAAUAAAAUUCAUUUGGUGCCUUAUGUAUUCGCUAGUUUUUCUCGUGAUAUGAACAGCUCGAAAAAGUUAAUUAGUAAAUAUACAUUGAUAAUAUUUAUUUGUACUCUAUUGUUAACUAUAGAGUAUUCAAUAAUUUGGAAUAUAAUGAAUGAUGAAGACUGCGUGAGAAGAUCAGAGUUGGUUCACAUUUCGAAAACAAUUAAAACAUCGAAUUUGCCACAUCUCUACAUAAUCACACCUACAUAUAAAAGACCAGAACAAAUACCUGAGCUAGUAAGAUUAUCUCAAACAUUACUGUUGGUACCAAAAUUAACAUGGCUUGUUAUAGAAGAUGGUUACGAGAAAAACGAAAUAAUUGAAAAUAUUCUCGAAAAGUUUGGUUUGAAACAUGAAUACCUAUUAGCACCAAUGCCUGAAAAAUAUAGAAGUGAACCUUCUAAACCUAAAGGAGUAUCCAACAGAAACAAAGGAUUGGAGUGGAUAAGAAACAAUACAAAAUCUGGUGUAGUGUAUUUUGCAGACGAUGACAAUACAUACGACAUUGAAUUAUUCAUGGAAAUCAGAAAAACCCAGACGGUAUCCAUGUUUCCUGUUGGUUUAGUCACUGAACUCGGCUUAAGUUCACCAAUUGUAGAAAAUUGUACUUUCAAAGGUUUUUAUGAUGGAUGGAUUGGCAAUAGAAAGUUUCCAGUGGACAUGGCUGGUUUUGCAGUUUCUGUAGAAUUUCUUUUAUCCCGUCCCAAUGCUUCGAUGCCUUACUUAGCAGGUUAUGAAGAAGAUGGUUUUUUGAAAAGUUUAUCACCUUUCGAACCCAAAGACGCACAAUUGUUAGCUUCGUGUUGUUCGAAAAUAUUGGUUUGGCAUACUCGCACUCUCAAAAAUGAGCCUGCAAAAACCACCCAGUUAUUUAACAAUACGAAUAUCGAGUUAUUACUGAAGAUAAUUUUGUAAUAUUGUGCUUCUUAAAAGUGAGAAAUUUUAUAUUUUAUUGGAUAAUUUUGAAGAAGUAAACAGCAAAUUAUUUCAUAUAUUUUUCCACAAUAAUUUUCAUAGCAACUGGACUACAAUAAAAGGUGCGGAAAAUACUUUUUACUAUAAUCAGGACAAGAUGUUAUGCGAAAAUCCACAUAAAAUCCAUGCUGAGGAUCAUUACACUAGCGCAAAAUGGGCACUCGGAAGACGAGUCGUGCUUAAAACGAUACAAGUAUUCCCGGAAAUUCUAAAAUUCGGCAAAGGCACGGCAAGGUUGAUAUACGUUUGGUAUACCCAGAAUUCGUUUGAUGUUUGUUUUUUCAAUAAGUUUUUAUCAUAGCAGGCGAACUAAUUUCUAGGAAACUAUGAUUAUUUGUUUUGUUUUUUUAUUUUCUAGAAUUUCUUAGAACUUCAAUUGGAUAUAUAAACGAGUUAGCUUAGUGUAGUUUGUUAGUUUAUAUUUAUUAUAAACUAACAAACUAAGUCAUAGUGAACAGAACGAAAUAGAAAAGUAACAGAAGAAUUUAAAUGAAUUAUGUAAGUUAGUUGAGUGUUAGAGAUAAGUUAAUUAUUAUAAGUUAGUCAAGUGUAGUGUAAAGUAUUUGAAUAAAUUAAGAACGUGAGA